AUGACAUUUUCAGAAAUCAGUUCACUUUCAACAUUGUCACUAUCUUUACCCAGCAACGGAAGGAAGCAUAUCUUGGAAUAUCUCAUGGAUUUGGACAGGAUUGGAGGAGGUGGGAAAGUAGUGUUGAAUGGUGGAUCAAUAAUUAACUCACUGUCUGCUUUGCUACUAUUCCUAUCCGAUGACUCUGACAUUUCAAAGGACGACCAGGCAAUCGACUACGGUAACUUCACAAUCCGAGUGGUAGAUGCUGGUGUACAAGAAAAUUGCUGCUCCAUCCCUCGUUAUUCUUUGGCAUUUGAUAACUUCAGUGACGGAGAUCCAUACACAUGGUAUAAAUACAAGCUGGGGCCGCCAGGAGCGAGUGAACGUUCCGUUUACUAUCGGGGGCACUAUCGGGGGGACCGGUUACCACCUACACUGCCACUGCCUAUGAUUUUCAUGAGCUGUGAAAAUACAGUGAAUUCUCCUCUUUAUGUGGACACGGCUCCCUACAGCCUUAACUAUGGAUCAGGAAAUUAUUCCAACUCUUCUCUUGUGACUCUUUCGAAUUAUGUGACUCUUGGGGGCAUGACUGCCUCGGAUUUGAUGGAACUGUGCAGCAUAGAGAAAAUAUUUUUGCUUCCAAAGAAGAACUACACAGACAAGUCCUUCGAAGAAAUACACAGUGACCUGGCAUAUGGGUUUGAGCUUUCAUGGUACAACGUCUACUGUGAAAAUUGCACAAAGGGCUGCUACAUCGACAGCUCAGACCGUCGUCAAUGCAUUGGCAUCUGUAUGUAACACUUGAUGAUUAAGUUGCUUCAGAUUUGAUUCAUAAGCCUAUAAAUAACUUGUGAUUUGAGGUGGUUCCAUAUAUUUUCUCUGGCUUACUUUUCAAUUUUUCAUUUUUUUUGGGCAUUAGCACAGUAUUGCACUGUCCCCAGAUGUUCAUGUGCAAAUUGUGAGCAUCCAUUACCUGUGGAUUCUACUAUAGUGCACUGAUCAUAAGAUUCAUUCAUGUUCACAUUGUAAAAUGUUCUGACUAUAAUGUGGUUUAAGGU